GCCACCCAGCGAUAACACAAACAGCUUAGUAUUGUUCCAGCAGUCACUUUGGAAGCAUGUUGAAGAAUGCCGUUUAUCUGAUAACGGGCGGUGCAUCCGGGCUGGGAUUUGCCACCGUUGAACGAUUUGUCCGGGCCGGUUGUCGGGUGGUCCUUGCAGAUCUGCCGUCGUCCAAUGGAGAGAAGAUCGCUGCGGAACUGGGAAAGAAUGUGAUAUUCGUGCCGACGGAUGUCUCAUCGGAGCAAGAUGUGACCAACGUCCUCGAUUUAACCAAGGACCGUUUUGAUCGGUUAGACGUCGUCGUUAACUGCGCAGGGAUUGCAUUCCCCGAGAAGGUCUACGACUUCAAGAAAGGCAAACCCCAUAGUCUUAGCUCGUUUCAGCGAAUUCUGAACGUCAACACAGUCGGAACAUUCAACGUGAUUCGCCUAGCUGCCGGCGUCAUUGGUCAAAAUGACCCGGACGGCAACGGACAACGAGGAGUGAUCGUCAACACGGCUUCCGUACUGGGCUACGAUGCCCAGACGGGACUGACGGCAUACGGGGCAUCGAAGGCUGCCAUCAUCGGAAUGACCCUACCGAUUGCUCGGGAUUUGAGCAGCCAAGGCAUCCGAGUGGUUACGAUCGCUCCCGGUUUGUUCAAAACCAAAAUGACCGACGAACUACCGAAGGAGGUGACGAAAUUUGUCAUCAAUACCAUUCCGUUUCCAAAGCGGCCGGGUCAACCCGCGGAGUUUGCCCAAUUGGUACAAGCGAUUGUGGAAAACCCCAUGCUCAAUGGAGAAGUGAUUCGAUUGGAUGCUGCCGCGAGAUUCAACAUUUGAUUUAUUAACGCAAUAAACGAACAAAAGAUUAACAUAA